AUGAUAAAUAACAAAUUUUACGUAGCAUUUUUGGAAGAAACUGUUCAAAAACACGAUUAUAACUGUGAGUUGAUAGGACUGGCCUUGGCACGCCUUUUUCCAAAUCCAUACGGCAAGGACGGUGCAUUCGACCUUGACAAAUACUUUCUGGUCACGAUAUGGAAAUUGUUAACUUGUGAAGAGAUCUUUGAGCUUAAGAUGGAAGAUGGAAUGUGUGUCAUUGGAUCACAUGUUCCUCCUCUUUACGAGUCGUUGCGAUACGACCCGGAUAAAUACUUGCAAAGGUUGAGCAGGAUAUUUUCAAUGUACAAAGACAUCAUACAGGGUUACCUACGAGGCUACAAAAUUAAUGCUUACGUGGAAAUAAACCACAAUAAUUUUCUAUAUCUUAAGGUAAAACGAGCUGGUGGUAAUGAAUCGGUAAUCACAUCGAUAGACGAACGUGUACAGGACCCAUGAGGACCAAGAAAGUGCAAUAAAAAUUUCAUUCUAGCCACAA